GUGCGUAAUGAACGUGUGUGGCGCAUGCGCGUUGCAUCGGUGACUGUUGCCAGGGUAACAGAGUCGUUUCUGCUAUUAAGAGGAUCAUCAUCGGCCCGGCUGUUCGCUGCGUUUUUCUUGCGGUUUCUGCGAAAAUGAUGCUAUCAAGAGCCAAACCUGCUGUAGGCAGUGAUCUCCAGCCGGCUGACAAAAGCAAGAAAAAGGGAAAGAAAGUUCCUAAACUGGACGAGUUACUGGCCCAACGGGACUUCACUGGAGCAAUAACACUCUUGGAGUUUAAACGCCAUGUUGGAGAGAGCGAAGAUGACACAGAUCUGUGGAUCGGGUACUGUUCAUUUCACCUGGGGGACUACAAGAAAUCUCUAGAGGUUUUCAAGCAUGUAAGUCAACAGGAAGGAUGUAAUCCUGAUGUAUGGGUGAACCUGGCUUGUACAUACUUUUUUUUGGGAAUGUAUAAAGAAGCUGAGGAGGCUGCCAAUAAAGCUCCAAAGAGCCACCUGCAGAAUCGCUUGCUUUUCCACUUGGCUCAUAAGUUCAACGAUGAGAAGAAGCUGAUGGUCUUUCACCAAAACUUGCAGGAUAUUAUAGAGGAUCAGCUGAGCCUGGCCUCCAUACACUACAUGCGAUCUCAUUAUCAGGAAGCAAUAGAUAUCUACAAGAGAAUAUUAUUAGAAAACAGGGAUUUCCUUGCAUUGAAUGUUUAUGUAGCUCUUUGCUACUAUAAACUUGAUUAUUACGAUGUAUCACAGGAGGUCCUUGCAGUAUAUUUACAACAGGUUCCUGACAGUACUAUCGCUCUGAAUCUGAAAGCGUGCAAUCAUUUCCGUCUCUACAAUGGGAAAGCAGCUGAAGCGGAAUUAAAAAGUCUAAUGGACAGUACUUUAUCCUCCUUUGAAUUUGCUAAAGAGCUGAUCAAACACAACCUGGUGGUGUUCCGUGCCGGAGAAGGUGCCUUGCAGGUACUUCCACCUUUGGUAGAUGUUAUUCCUGAAGCACGAUUGAACUUGGUCAUUUACUAUCUUCGGCAAGAUGAUGUUCAAGAAGCUUUCAACUUAAUCAAAGACCUGGACCCAAGUACCCCGCAGGAAUACAUCCUCAGAGGUGUCGUAAAUGCAGCACUAGGUCAAGAAUUGGGCUCGAGAGAACAUCUCAAAAGUGCUGAGCAGUUCUUCCAGCUUGUCGGUGGAUCAGCUAGUGAAUGCGAUACGAUACCAGGAAGACAGUGCAUGGCCUCCUGCUUCUUUCUACUUCGCCAGUUUGAUGAUGUUCUGAUUUACCUGAACUCUAUUAAGAGUUACUUCUACAAUGAUGACACCUUUAACUUUAACUACGCUCAAGCCAAGGCUUCAGCUGGAAAUUACAAAGAGGCUGAGGAGGUAUUCUUACUAAUCCAGAGUGAAAAGAUUAAAAAUGAUUAUGUUUACCAGAGCUGGCUUGCCCGAUGUUAUAUUAUGAACAAGAAACCAAGACUGGCAUGGGAACUGUAUUUAAAAAUGGAAACAUCUGGUGAAUCAUUUAGCCUCCUGCAGCUUAUUGCCAAUGAUUGUUACAAAAUGGGUCAGUUUUAUUAUGCUGCUAAGGCAUUUGAUGUUUUGGAAAGACUUGAUCCAAAUCCUGAAUACUGGGAAGGAAAGCGUGGAGCUUGUGUUGGUAUUUUUCAGAUGAUUUUGGCAGGACGGGAACCCAAAGAAACUCUGAGAGAAGUGCUUCAUUUGCUGAGAAGUACUGGCAAUACACAAGUUGAAUACAUCAUUCGGAUUAUGAAGAAAUGGGGCAAGGACAAUCGUGUACCAGUUUGACCAAGAACCAUUUACACAUACCAAAAACUUGACUUUGGUAAAAUGUUAUCUCAGGUUAAAUAAUGAAGGCACCAUUUCUCUUAUACACAAAGUACCCACUAGGGAAUAAAACUGUGUUAUACCCAUUAGCCAUUCACAUUAAAACCUUACCAAAUCUUGUGAAGGCCCCAUUUGUACUUCCAAACAGCUCUGACACAUUGAGGCAUGGACUAUACAAGAAAACUCUAAAGUUGGUGUGUGGUACCUGGCACCAAAAUGCUGUCAGCAGAUUCUUAAAAUUCUGUUGUGUGGUGCGGCCUUCAUGGAUCAGACUUGUUUUUCCAGCACAUACCACAGAUGCUCGAUCAGACCGACAUAUGGAGGCCACACCAUGAAUUCUUAGUUUAGUCAUGUUCCUGGAAUCGCGCCUGCUAUUUUGGUGCAUUUUUCUGAGCCAAAGCCAGAAGUGGAUCCAACAGACAAAAAAAGUACAAGUCUUCUUUCUUUUUGAUCCACUCUUGACUCCAUUUCAAAGACCUAUAUCAGUAACUGCACGUGUGAUUCCAGCCAUAAGACAAUGAGCGCAGAGAUUAUUGCCCUGUGUGAAAGGCUCAGCCAUCCUCCGGUACAUGUCAUUUACAGAUCGAGCACCUGUUAUGCACCUUCUAUAAAAGAUCCACUUCUUAAAAAGUUUUAAAUCACAAAAUCUAACAAUGUGCAUGCAUUAAAACAGCAAGUAAUGUGAAAUAAUGUAUUUUCAAAGUUGCCUUAAAGGGGUACUUCGCCCCUAGACAUCUUAUCCCCUAUCCAAAAGAUAUGCGAUCGCCCUGCUGCACCUGGUGUUUGUUUAGAGCAUUGGGUGCAGCACCAGAGGCUCCUGACAUCACGGCCACACCCCGCUCGUGAUGUCUCAACUACGCCCCCUCAAUGCAAGUCUAUGGGAGGGGGGGCGUCCUCCCAUAGACUUGCAUUGAGGGGGCAUGGCCAUGACAUCAGGAGCGGGCAUGGCCGUCACGUCACAAGUCUUUGCCCUGCAUUGCCAGUCAUCCGUGCACUGGAUGUCUGGGGUGCCGCAGCCGAAAUGCAGGGGUCCCCAGCGGCGGGACCCCAACGAUCAGACAUCUCAUCCCCUAUCCUUUGGAUAGGGGAUAAGAUGUCUAGGGGCGGAGUACCCCUUUAAUAAUGCUAGCAAGAUUAAAAGUUAGCCCCUAUCCAUGGGAAAGAUAACUAGCUGACCAGUGGGGGUCCGACCACUGAAAACCUCCCAUCAAUCAUGAGAAUGAAAGCUCCUUGUUCCCUGAGUGAGCACUGAACUCUGCUGUGUCUUAAAGUCCCAUAAAAAGUUUAAAAAAAAAGGCCAAGCAUGCAUACUGCUGAUCCAUUUACUUGGUGGACAAGGGGCCUUUAUUCAUGUGAUCGGUGGGGCUCCCUGCGGUCAGACCUCCAUCGAUCAGCCAGCCAUCUCCAGUCUAUUGAAUAAGGAGUAACCAUUAAUCCUGGUAUAAAUCCCUUUAGUGUUUUAUAUGUAACCUAUAUAAUAAUGCUCAGCUGCAGAUAUAUGCUUUACAUUAAAAUUGUAAUUAUAUUUCCAAUUGUACACUUUGGGUACUGUUUGGGGUUUGUACAGUAGUAAAACUUUAUUUUUGUAUUAUAGGUCAUAAAUUACAAUAAUAAAAUGUAUUUGAUAAA